CAUAAACAGCUCGUCAACCACCCCGGUAGCUUGCUAGCCAACAUAGCCGAAAGAUUCAAGCUAUUUAUACGCUUUCGGUGUAUAUUACCUACUGUGUUUUAGCCACACUUCUGUCGUAUCUACUUGUUAACCUAUUUAAUUGAAUAUUACGUUAUUUUGUAUUAGUCAGCUAUAGUAGCUGGCUGGUUAAAUUAGCACUAGCCUAGUCGCUAAUGAUAGCUAGCUAGCUAACAUCCCCGAACAUGAGGUCAGUAAGCUUCUCCCCUCCUGUUAAAGAAGAGGAAGUCUGUUGGACGGAGAAAGAGGGUCUGGGGCUGAACAUUGUUGUGAAAGAGGAGGAAGAGGAGGCUGUUUUUGGUAUGAAAGAGGAGGAGGGGGAGAUUACUGUCACAUUGGAGGAAGAAGAGGAGGUUGGAGAUCUGUUUAACCCCAGAGAGAGACGGGACUAUCGUGGAUCCUCUGGGGAGCCUCAACAACAUCAUGAUGCUGACGAGGCAGAGAAGAAUCUCUCCAUAUCAAAACACCUCAAGAAACACCUGCAGAGAUCCACAGGGAAGAGAACUCACUGCUGCUCUGACUGUGGGAAGAGAUUCACCUCCUCAUCAGACAUUAAAAUUCAUCAGAGAAUCCACACAGGAGAGAAAACUUAUAGCUGUGGUCAAUGUGGGAAAAGAUUUGCUUCAUCUGGCUCUCUGACUGUACACCAGAGAAUACACACAGGAGAGAAAUCUUAUAGCUGUGAUCAAUGUGAGAAGAGUUUUACUACAUCAAGCAAUCUGAUUCAACACCAGAGAACACGCACAGGAGAGAAAUCUUAUAGCUGUGAUCAAUGUGGGAAGAGUUUUACUACAUCUGGCCAUCUGACUCUACACCAGAGAACACACACAGGAGAGAAACCUUAUAGCUGUGGUCAAUGUGGGAAGUGUUUUACUCAGUCAACCAGCCUGGUAUCACACCAGAGAAUACACACAGGAGAGAAACCUUAUAUCUGUGGUCAAUGUGGGAAGAGUUUUACUACAUCUGGCCAUCUGACUCUACACCAGAGAACACACACAGGAGAGAAACCUUAUAGCUGUGGUCAAUGUGGGAAGUGUUUUACUCAGUCAACCAGCCUGGUAUCACACCAGAGAACACACACAGGAGAGAAACCUUAUAGCUGUGGUCAAUGUGGGAAGAGUUUUUGUCACUCUAGCCAGCUGACAUUACACCAGAGAACACACACAGGAGAGAAACCUUUUAGCUGUGAUCAAUGUGGGAAUAGUUUUUGUCACUCUAGCCAGCUGACUUCACACCAGAGAACACACACAGGAGAGAAACUUCUCCGCUGUGAUCAAUGUGACAAGAGAUACUCCGAUAAAAGAUCUCUGAUUAAACAUCAGAAAAUACAUGGAGUUGUUUCAUGAUAUCAAUGAAUUAAUGUCACAAUGUAGAAUGUUUUAACAUUGUAGUAUGAGUAUUUUAAUGAUGUCACAAUGUAGAAUGUUUUAACAUUGUAGUAGGAGUAUUCUAAUGAUGUCACAAUGUAGAAUGUUUUAACAUUGUAGUAGGAGUAUUCUAAUGAUGUCACAAUGUAGAAGCCUAAACGUUUGUCCCCUGUUCUAUUGAUUUCAACAUGAUAUGGAUAUUAGCCUCAGGGGGAAAAUCCAGGCUCUGAAUUGGAAGAGUACUAUUUAUGAGAUUUAACAAAAAGUGACUAACACAAAAAGAGCUGUGUUACACUUACCAUGUUGGUGACCCACUUGAAUCAAAAUGCAACACUUCAAAAUGUAGCGAUCUAUUUUCUACAAAUUGUCCUCUAACCAGGGAUGUUCACAUUAUUCCCAGGUUCCGUGUGGUUUUUGAGUUGUUAGUUUUAACAGGACGUGCAACCUCAUCUCCCUCCUCUCCGCACUAUUGAUUUCAACAUGAUAUCGAUGAGUUAUGACAAAUAAGUGUUGUGUUCCUUUGUUUAGCGACCCCUAAAUUUAAAUGCAUCACUCCAAAAUGUGGCUGACUGUCUUCUGCAGGUUGUCCUCUAAUCAGUGAGGCAAAAGAUAUCUCCCAUUUCCAUGUGUUUUUUUAGUUGUUAGUUUCAACAGCACCUACAACCUGAUUUCCCCCCUAAUCCAUAUCAGUGAUUUAUUGCUACUUGUCAAAACAACAGCGUUUUUGGUGCUUGUGCAGUUUAUAAGGUGCUUGUUUUAAAAAUACAAGUAAUAUGAUUAUUGUGGCAGAUGUUUGUGUAUAUAGCACAUUUUAUAUUUAGGUUUUCAAUAUAUCAGAAACUGUUUCUGCACAUUGGUUAUUGAUUUGGACACGUUAAAACUGUGUUUUGACAUUGGGGGUAUCCCACCUAACAACAUGUCUUUGAAAAGAAGACUGACUUCCAAUAUUCUUUCAGUUGUGGUUGAAAGUGAUAGUUGAAAAUAUGUAUUUUCAGGUCUUUUUUUUUUAAUUACUUGAAAACAACUUCAUUUCAAUGUACUUUCAUGUAGCAUAGUGGUUAGAGCGUUGGGCCAGUAAUCGAAAGGUUCCUGGAUCGAAUCCCUGAGCUGACAAGGUAAAAAUGUCGUUUUGCCCCCGAACAAGUCAGUUAACCCACUGUUCCCCGGUAGGCCGUCAUUGUAAAUAAGAAUUUGUUCUUAGCUGACUUGCCUAGUUAAAUAAAGGUGAAUAAAUAAUAUAUAUAUAUAUAUGGACGCAGAAUAAUAAUCAAUCGUCUAUGAUCAAUUUUUUUUUACAUUUCCUGCAUCAGUUAAAUAAAAAGUGGACGAGAGUUCUAGAAGCUAGUGAGUUUUAGGAAGACGAGAGUUCUAGAAGCUAGUGAGUUUUAGGAAGAGGAGAGUUCUAGAAGCUGGAGAGUUUUAGGAAGAGGAGAGUUCUAGAAGCUAGUGAGUUUUAGGAAGAAGAGAGUUCUAGAAGCUAGUGAGUUUUAGGAAGACGACAGUUCUAGAAGCUAGUGGAGUUUAGGAUUCUUUAGAAAGAAAAUUUUGAAAAAAAAUGAAUGUAUUUUAUUAUUUAGUAAUAAGUGUUUUUUUCUUGUUUUUAAUUGUUGACAGCCAGUAGACACCAUGUUUAUAUUGGUGAAGGUGAAGCAUUGUAGUUGAUUAUAAUGUGAAAUGGAAGUUGUUUUCUGUUGGUGGUGAGUGAAUUUGUCCAUCAAAAAUAUAGGAUAUAUUUGUUGUCUUAAGGGGAAAGGUGUUACAGGCUUUGGUUUUUCCAUUUAUGUUUUGAGGUUGGACUUUAGCACGUAUAGCUCGUUAGCACGUAGGACGCACUGAUUGGUGUCACCUCGUUAGUCAGUAUGUGUUACACCUGUGCUGGCUUGUCCAUCUCGUUAGUGGGAAGGUGUUUCACCUGAGCUGGUCCAGGUUAUAUUUAAGAGUGUCUGGCUCAGUGCUCCAGUUGUCUUGAUAGAUGUGGAGAGUCAACACCUUUAGUUGCGUCACCUUUUUGGUUUGCUUCCUGUCUUUAAGUUUGUUGUGGGUUUUUCUUUUGUUUCCCUCUUCUUGGUUAGAUUUAUUGGGUCUCAUGGUGGGUGUCUUUUAGGUCCCAGUUGUUGUUACUAGUCAACUUUCAAUCGACACCCCCAUAGUGUCUUUGAGAACCCCUCCUAAAAAACAAGCUUAUAUUUUGGGUUGGAUAUUGCAUCCAAUUAGUGUUUUAAUCAAUGGCAUUUCCUUAGAAUGCUCAUUGGUCUUUCAGUUGUUAAUCUUCUGUUUUUUUUUAUCCUGUUAUUUUUGUGUACUAAGUAUUUCUGUUUAUUUUCAUUGUUUUCUCCUGUGAAGCUAUUGUGUUGCAUCCAUGUCUAAAAUGUGUUGUAUAAAUAAAGCUUGAUUUGAUUUCAACAAA